AUGUUUCUUUCAGGAGCUUUUGAAGAUGAUGAAAUUGUUCACAUUGAAGGGAAUGUAGAUCCUGUUCGGGACAUUGAAAUUAUUCAUGAAGAACUGAGACUAAAGGAUGAAGAGCUAAUUACGCCCAUUAUUGACAAACUAGAGAAAGUGGCAGUAAGAGGAGGUGACAAAAAACUAAAACCUGAAUAUGACAUAAUGUGCAAAGUCAAGAAUUGGGUUAUCGAUGAAAAGAAACAUGUACGCUUCUAUCAUGACUGGAAUGACAAAGAGAUUGAUGUUUUGAAUAAACAUUUACUUUUGACAUCAAAACCAAUGAUUUAUUUGGUUAACCUGUCUGAGAAAGACUACAUCAGAAAGAAGAAUAAAUGGUUGGUAAAAAUUAAAGAGUGGGUAGACAAGCAUGACCCAAGAGCAAUGGUAAUACCUUUCAGUGGAGUACUUGAACUAAAGAUACAGGAAAUGGGUGAAGAUGAAACAAAGAAAUACAUGGAAGAAAACAAAACGCAAAGUGCUUUGCCCAAGAUCAUCAAGACUGGAUUCUCAUCUCUGCAGCUUGAAUAUUUUUUUACUGCAGGGCCAGAUGAAGUGCGAGCAUGGACCAUAAAGAAAGGGACGAAGGCACCUCAGGCUGCUGGCAAGAUCCACACAGAUUUCGAGAAGGGCUUCAUUAUGGCCGAUGUAAUGAAAUUUGAAGAUUUUAAAGCCGAAGGCAGUGAAACUGCUGUCAAGAGUGCUGGAAAAUAUAGACAACAAGGCAGAAAUUACAUUGUUGAAGAUGGAGACAUUAUCUUUUUCAAAUUCAAUACACCCCAGCAAGCAAAAAAGAAGUGAAUUUAGCGUACAGCUGACUCCUGUCAUAAGCAAUAGAACAUAAUGGCCACGAAGUUGCAGACAUUCAGACAUGCAAAUAAAAGGACUUAACCGUAUCAGGGACUAUAUAAGGACAGUUUGUUAACUGGCAACAAUUUGCAUAAAUUGGAACUUUGACAGGAUUCUGCUUAUUAAUAUUAUAUUUGUGGAUUUAACGAUGUUCUCAAGCAACUGAACUAUUAUUGAAUCUUCUGUUAAUUUCUUUUGGAUAUAUUUGGCUGUAAAUCAUGGUUCAGACCUGUCUAGGGACAGCCUGUUCUUCCUUUAAUUAUAUCCCUCAUGUUUGUUCUGGGUUGAGAUAAUGUUAUUCCAAUGAAAAUGUAGGUUCACUAAAUGUCGACAGCUUUAAUUUAAGAUUAGAGCUCUACUCUAAAUUGGAACAUUUCAAGAACCAUAUUACUCUCAUGAUACUUCAUUAAUCUCCAUCACGAGAUGCCAAAUCUGACAUAUUUGACAGAAAAGACAAUGCCACUUGCUCCAUUCUGAAUCUACAGAUAAUGCAUGUUUUACAGUACUCCAGAUGUUUACAGUCAAUAAAACAUUUGACAAAAACA